AUGUCUGGUGUUGCAGCUGUCUCUAUUGGCGGUGAAACCACCCAUUCCGUGACUGCUUUAAACAAACAGAAGGCCUCAGAGGAUGACAUUGAAAGCUGGACAAAUGCACGACUUUUGAUUAUUGAUGAAGUGUCCUUUAUGAACACCAAUGAAGUGGAGAAGCUGGAUGAGAGGUUACGUCAAUUGCGACAGAGGUACACUUCUCUCUUUGGGGGUAUUCACAUUCUUUUUUGUGGAGAUUUCAGACAGUUGGAGCCUUGUACCGGAAGCCCCCUGUACUCACCCUACUAUAGUGACAAGAAAUGGAUCACCUCCAUUAAUUGUUAUAUUGAGCUAUUUGGCCGACAUCGGUUCGAAGAUGAUCCUGAAUGGGGGGCUAUUUUGGAACGGAUUAGAAAUGGAAACUACACACACCAUGACAUUGAUGCUAUCAAUGAGUGCCUUCUUCAACCUGGCACAGAACUACCCAGUACUACUUCCUACUGUGUCUAUGCAAACCGAGAUCGCACAGCCAUUAAUGCUGGGAUCUUCCACAAUCUACUAAAAGCGCAUUAUGGGAAGUCAAAAGAGAUGCCAAGUGACAUGAUAGUUGUACGAGCCAGUAAUAUGACCAGAUUGUCCAAAAGUGGAGCAAAACAAGACUUAAAGAACACAGACAAGCACUUCAUCUAUGAGAACUGUCCAGAUCACAGAGUUACUGCAAAAAAAGGGCGUUCUACCAGAGGUCAUUUUGCAGAUCCUAUGCUGAAACUCUAUUAUGGGUUGCCUCUAAUGCUGGUUACCAACGAGGAUGUUCCAAAUGGUCACGCUAAUGGAACCAGAGUGAUCUUGGAAGAAGUGGUUCUCUGUGGUGGUUCUACACCGAAGGGCCUGGAACUUGAUGGUAUGCAAUGCCCUUCUGUGGAAGCAUCUCAGGUUGACUAUUUGCUAUGCCGAGCAGAGGAUAGUCAAACCAAAUACUUCAAGAUCCAACCUAAGACCUUGACAUGUCUUGUAAAAGCCCCCAUUCCGAAGCACUUUGGUCACACAGAAAGCACCAUCAACUUUACAGUACAACUUCUACAGCUCCCACUUCUCACCAACAAUGCUAUCACUGGUCACAAACUACAAGGCCAGACAAAACAAGAUCUUCUUAUCUCAACGUGGAGUAAAGUCAAGAACUGGAACUACGUUUCCCUCUCUAGAGUCAAAGCCAGAGCUGGGCUUCAUCUUAUGAAGAAACUACCUCAAGAUGUUGAUUUUUCAGUGCCAGAAGCUCUGCUCGAAAUGAUUGCUAGGUUAGAAACAUUGCUCCCAGAGGAUCUAGAGUGGGAUCUAGAAGAAGACGAAGAUAACAGCUUAGUUUAA